GCGUGGAUGGUUGCCGUGGCUCCAGCCAGCAGCGCUGGGCAAGGAGGCUGCGGCACCUGCUAACUCAGAUUUGCUUGCCCUGUCCCUGUUACUCCCCAGGAGGCCAGGCUAGGCCUGCCCACGAGGGCCCAGCGGCAACUGGUCCUGUCAGUCCAGGGAUGGUGAGAUGUCAGAAAAGCUGAGGAGAUGCAGGAAGGAACUGACAGCAGCUAUAGAUAGGGCAUUUGAAGAUCUCACGUCUCCUUUCCGUCACUCAGAAGACUGUAGCGAUAACCAGAAUGUAGACUUGCAGACGGAGACACCUUCCUCCUUGCCCCAGCUGAACCGAGUUAGUUACAGACGGGAGUCCCUCUCCACCAUCUCUUCCUUCCUUGACCAGUCUGCACCAAUCUCCUGUUCACUGGAAAAAGAGAAUCCUGUUUUCAUACCAAGUCUUAUUCCAGUAACCAUUGCCCCAAAUCCCUUGGGCCCCAAGAGAGAACCUUUGACAAGCAAGGAGAAUACUUGGCUAUGUUCUUCUGCUUCGGGGCCUGACCAACAGCUUCCGAGAGCUCUGAGGGACAGUGAGCGCUGGAGGAAAGCCCAUGCGAGCAAAACUGCUACAAGGUGCACGAAGCCAGAAGCAAACGCGGCCGUCCAUGGUGGGCCCCGAGAUGCUGCACAGGCUCUUCCUGACACACCCGGGAACCCAAACAUCUGGUCUAUAGAGGAAUUAGCAGGCCCGCUGGCCCUACCGAAUGAGUUAAGCAGAGUUCACAGGCACUCAGGUGAGCCCCCCUUUAGUGAAGAUGUUUUAGCCAUCUUCACGGAUGCGAGCAGCAGUUCUGUGACAAGGCCUGUAGUCCAGCACCGAAGACAAAGCAUUGAGGAAGAAGAGAUUAUCCAAACAGUUCUGGAUUUAGAAGAGGAUUACAGCAUGACCAGUUCUGCUCUGCACCAUCUGAACUAGGGGACUGGCUCAAUGGCUUACACAGGCACGGACUUGAGAAACAACAAUUCUCAAGCAUGGAGCCUUUUGGUAG